AUGUCGCAGAGCCAAUGGCAGUGUGGGCUCUGUUCUACACAAUUUACUCGCGCAGAACAUCUCCGACGGCAUCUCAGGUCUCAUGAGAACAAAAGACCGUAUGAAUGUAGUCUCUGCCAGCGGUCUUUCACACGACGAGACGCGAAGACUCGUCAUGAGAAGACAUGUAAAGUGCGGCACAGCGAGCAAGAUAGUUCCUUUGGAGAUGCAGCACAAGCAUCUGCAUUCUCCAUACUGACUCCGACCGAUGGAUUCGAUAGCAUGUUUCAAGGGCUCGGGGAUGAGUUUCUAAUGAAUGUGCCCUCUCCGUCUGACUUCGCUGCUCUGGACUGGCUGUAUGGGACACAGAUAAAUCCCGACGGUAUAAUAACCGCAGAGAGACUGGACUUUCUAGCCCGAUUUACUAGUGAGAAUGGAAUGGGGACAUUUCUUGACCAAGAGACCCUGGGCGAGCGGCAAAGAAUUGUUCUAGAACACGAGAACACCAGCGGCCAUAUAGCAACAUGUGUCGGGUCCGAUGUCUCUGGGCCCUUCUUUUCUCAGACAAUCGAGCCUUCAAUGCUCCAUAUGGGCUCGGGGGACACUGACUCCUUAACUGCGAGAACAUUUGAGAUCAUCCAUCAUUUCCAUUCCAUCGCCACUCGAAAGACAGACAAAAGCGUCGUGAGACUAUAUUGGACAGAUGAGGUUGAAUCUCUGUGUCACUCGUUUUUCUCACCGAGCAAUAUCACCCGCUUCUUAGGAUAUUUCUGGUCCCUGUGGUAUCCUAACUGCCCAUUCAUACAUCGUGCAUCGUUCGAUCCCCACUCGGCACCGCCUGCUCUGCUCUGUGUCAUGCUUGUAAUCGGUGCAUGUCUCUCUCCACAUCCCGAUGAUGCAGACACAGCAAGGAUGUGGCUUGAUUGCGUGGAGGAGCUAGCCUUUAGCGAUAGCUCUUUUCACGAGGAAUCUAACUCUGUCCCAUCCCCUGCUAUCCUGGAUCAAUAUCUUGAGCGGAGGAAGAAGCGUCUUGAGUGUAUCCAAACGACGUACCUUGUCUGCUCGUUGCAGAAGAGGGAGGGGUCAACUGAGGCGCGGGAUAGAGUGCGGAGAUACAGGCAUGCUACUAUGGUGAUGCUUGCAAGAGAUAUUGGGCUUGCAACGGCAUCGCAUAGGGGUCUUAGUUUAGAUAGUCCCUCAGACCCAUGGUGGCGGCAGUUUGCUAUCGAGGAAGGGUUAAUCCGGACGAUAACAUACGUAUUUCUCUUCGACGCAGCCUUCACAAUAUUCCACAACUCACCACCCCGAAUGGUCGUCUCCGAACUCAAAAUGGAGAUGCCCUGUCCGGAGGCCUCCUUCCAAGCCGAAUCUGCGGAAGAAUGCCUUGCUGCCCUGGAGAACUGGAGUCAAACAAUAUUUUGGAACCGCCAUUUAUCUAUCGUUGCUGUUGUGAAAAGUCUCUGCCAGAAAGAACUGGCGGCUGAAACCGUGGAUGAGUAUUCUAAAAUGGGGACUCUGAAUCUAUUUACCGCUGUGCAGUGCAUCCACUCGCUAACAUUCCAUCUCCAAAACUCUAUCAUAUUCGAGUCGACUCUGUUACCGGUUAAAACUGGAUUAGAAAACUGGCGCCGGCUAUGGAGCAAACGCGAACCCGAGGAUAGGAAUAUCCCCAACCGCCCAGACACGCUAUGGAAGAAAUUUGGGCACGCCAGCUACUCCGCAGAGUUAUGGCACCUGGCGCGGAUUAUCGUUGAGAAGAUUCGGGACGAAAAUGCUGAUGCUGAGGAGGACUCGGCUCCUAUGCUUGAGCACCCGAAGAAAAAAUAUGACAAUACCGAUAUGACAGAUGUGAAUGGGCUAAUUAUGGAGUAUCGGCGGUUGAGUUUGGGAGGGGGUAUUUGA